AUGUCAACUAUUCAAACUCAAAUUGUAACUGUUUUCGGAGCUACUGGACUCCAAGGUGGAUCAGUCACUCAAUCAUUACUCAACAAUCCAAAGUACAAGGUAAGAGCUAUUACUCGUAACCCUGAAUCCGAUGCCUCUCUUACUUUGCAAAAGAAAGGUGUUGAAUUGGUCAAAUUGGAUCAAACCACUGCCACUGUCGAAGAACUUGCCAAAGCAUUACAAGGAAGUCAAUCUGUUUUCUUGGUAACUGCUGCUCAAUCCUAUGGUGAAGCUGAAGGUCAAGUUGGAAAAAAAAUUGUAGAUGCAGUUGUAUUAGCGAAAGUUGAACAUUUUAUUUUUAGUAGUCUUGUUAAUUGUGAAAAGAUUAGUAAUGGGACAUUGCCAGUUACUCAUUUUGAUCAAAAAGAUGAAAUCAAGGUUUAUGCUGAAUUUCAAGCUUCCAAAAACCCAACAUCAUUGACUGUCAGUUUUGUCUAUAUUCCAUUCUACUAUCAAAAUUUUGAAACCUUUUUUGCACCAAAAAAGAGUGAAGAUGGUCAAUCUUAUUCUAUCACUAUUCCAUUCAAUCCAAAGAUUCCAAUUGCAAUGGCCGAUGUCACUGAUGUUGGUGCUAUUGUCUCUGCCAUCUUGGAGAACAAGACAAAGUAUGCCAAUGCAUCGAUUCCAUUCUGUCACACUGUUUCAAUGAAUGAUAUCAUCCAAUCAUUAUCCAAAUUUUAUGGAUUCGAUAUUCAAUACAACUAUAUUCCACCACAAGUAUUUGGUACUUUUCCAUUCCCAAAUGCCAAAGAAAUGGGUAACAUGUUUCAAUUCUAUGAAGAAUUUGGUACUUUUCCUGGAUUAGACUUAUCCAUUGCUCCAAACCUAACUCAUAUUACUACUUUUGAUGAAUAUCUCUCAAAGAAAAAACAAUAA